AAAAUCUCUUCCACCUCUAUACUAAUUUCCUAUGUUUUCAUUCCCCUGUUUUUCCAAUAUAGUUCAACUUUUUUGCUAUCUCAUUUCUUUAAUUUCACAAGAGAAAACAGAUAAAUACACCAAAACCCAAUUCAUAAAUUCAUAUAAAAUUUCAAAGUUCUCCAAGAAAUUCACUCUUUUUGUUUACAUGUUCUGUUACACAAGAUAUAUUGGCACACAUCAAUGCUAGAGAUUAAUGUUUCCAUCAAUUGGUGAAAAUUUUCUUUCAGGUUUUAUGGUAAGUUCUUUGUUUAGACGCAGGACCCAUCUUGUUCAAUCUUUCUCUGUUGUGUUCCUUUACUGGUUUUAUGUUUUCUCAUGAACAAACAAACAUAUACAUACACCUUUCAUAUAUCUAUCCAUUUAACUAUUAUUCACUAAAUAAAUAUAUUUUUCUAUCUGGGUCCUGUGUCAUAUUUUCUUUUCUUUGAGAAUUUAUUUUAUUUUAGUUGUGUUUAAGUUUCUAGUAUACAUGAAUUCUCCGAAUGGAAAUUCAUCAGGGUCAGCUCGGAUCCAGAACUCUGGAUCCGACGACCCUUUGCUUGAUCAAAGAAAGCAAAAACGCAUGCUUUCAAACCGUGAAUCAGCUAGGAGAUCAAGAAUGAGGAAACAAAAGCAUGUUGAUGAUCUAAUGGCUCAAAUCAAUCGACACAAAGUCGAUAACAAAGAGAUCAUCACCACCUUGAAACUCACCUCACAACAAUUUGUUCAAGUUGAAGCAGAAAAUUAUAUAUUGAGAGCACAAAUUGGUGAGCUAAGCCAAAGGCUAAAUUCCCUUGAUGAAAUUAUUAGUUUCAUGAAUUAUGGUGGAACUAGUAAUAGUAUUUGCAUGAGCAAUGGUAAAAGUGGGAUGAUUGAGGUUGAUUUUGGGCAAUAUGAGUUCUUUAAUAAUCAAGGAGGGAAUAUGAUGUAUAUGAAUCAACAACCAAUCAUGCAUGGUUUCUGUUAGUGAUAUGUGUGUGAUUAUCACUAGUGAUUAUAUGUUCUUGCAUGAAUGAAUAGUGGUGGCAGGAUAUAUGAUGUAAUGUUGGGUUGUAUCUUUUUGGUUGGUGUUGAUUGUGGGGUUAGUUAUUCAAACUUUUUGGUUUUUAAGCUUAUCCAGAUCAAUUUAUUGCUUACAUAUGUAAGCAUAUAAAUGGAAGUUGAUAAACCUAUAAACCAAAAACAAUAAGAUUAUUGGUUUUUUUAAAAAUUCAAUAUGCCAGGUCAACCCAAAAAUUAUGUCUUUACAUACAUAUAUACACAAGUUUAAUGUGCAAGUAGUGUAUGUAUCUUUAGCAUUUCUCAUUAAUUAUCUAAUAUUCUAAUGCAUGUAUUGUCAAUGUGUGGAAUAAAGUUUGGAAAUAGUUAAGCAUUCAUAUCUUGGCA